CUCUCCUUGGCACAUUGUGAAGCCCCGGGGAGUUUCCCUUUUAAAGAGGUGGCCCUUCAAAGCUGGAGGACUCGGGAGCAGGCUGGAUGUCUUUCUGGGUUUCAACUACAGGACUGAAGCGACGUUUGUACCCACCCUUAACCUGCGUGUGCUCCUGGCCAGAACAGAGUUGCCAAGGCAGCUGUGGAAGCAGAUCCCUGGGGACAUGGCAAUGUCAAUCAUCUGGUGGUUCUGGUCUCUCCUGGCCAUCUGUGCAUCCGACACAUUCCGGGAGAAGGCAGAGGAAAUCAUGAAGACCACACCGGUCAUCGAUGGGCACAACGACUUACCUUGGCAACUCCUGAAGUUGUUCAACAACAGGCUGAACAUCUCAAAGGCCGACUUGAACACACUGACCGAAACGCACACCAACAUCCCCAAGCUGAAGGCUGGCUUUGUGGGGGGGCAGUUCUGGUCCGCGUACUUGCCUUGUGACACCCAAAACAAAGACGCUGUGAAGAGGAUAUUGGAACAGAUGGAUGUCAUACACCGCAUGUGCCAACGAUAUCCUGAGACCUUCUCGUGUGUCACCAGCAGCUCAGGUAUCCAACAGGCUUUCAGAGAGGGGAAAGUGGCCAGUCUGAUUGGCGUAGAAGGUGGUCACUUAAUCGACAGCAGCCUGGGCGUCCUGCGGGCACUCUACCAUCUGGGUAUGCGGUAUCUGACCCUCACCCACAACUGCAACACACCCUGGGCCGACAACUGGAUGGUCGACAAGGGAGAUGACAAGGCUGAGAGCGAGGGACUGUCAGUCUUUGGGAAGAAAGUGCUGAAGGAGAUGAACCGCCUGGGUGUCAUGAUUGACUUGUCUCAUGUGUCCGUGGCGACAAUGAAGGAUGCUUUGAAGUAUUCUGAGGCCCCAGUCAUCUUCAGCCACUCCUCGGCCUACAGCCUGUGUGAUCACAGGCGGAAUGUACCUGAUGAUGUGCUCCAGCUGGUGAAGAGCAAAAGGAGUCUGGUGAUGGUGAACUUCUAUAGUUACUUUGUGUCCUGCUCAAAGGAUGCCACCCUGUCCCAAGUGGCUGACCACCUGGACUACAUCAAGAAGGUGGCAGGCGCUGAGGCUGUGGGCCUUGGAGGGGACUAUGAUGGCGUUACAGAGCUUCCUGCGGGACUGGAGGAUGUUUCCAAGUACCCGGAUCUGAUAGCGGAGCUUCUGAGGAGGAACUGGACAGAGACGGAAGUCAGAGGUGUACUAUCUGAAAACCUGCUGCGGGUCUUCUCUGAAGUGGAACUGGCAAGCAAUAACAUGCAAGUUCCGGAGGAAGAGCCUAUCCAACUGGAUGAGCUGGGUGGAUCCUGCAGGACAGACUAUGGCUACUCACAAGCCCCCAGCAUCCACCUCCAGAUUGGGGCUCUACUGGCCUUCCUGGUUCCCUUGCUCUUCAGUCUGAAUCUUCUGUGACAUCCUAAGGACCAGCACCUCUUUCAGUGCUCUCAGAGCUCAGGGAAGACUAGACAACCCAAGAGCACAUGUUGUCCAUGCAGAAACACACCCUCUCCCAAACAAGCAGUGUGCUGACCCGGGGACAGUUCAAGACACAUGCACACAAUAAACGACAUGAUCCCUUUAAGUGCAGAGUAUGUAUGUUGUCAGUACCCAGGCCCUGGGAGGGACUUCCGAGCAUCUGGAGAGCAAAUUUUGAGAAUGGUCCCCGUGUGAACAGGGACACAGGAACAGCUGAGUUCUUGGA